CUGUAGUCAUUUCGUAAUCGAUUUGUUCACUCAACUCUCUGUCUCUCUCAAGUCACUCGAAACACAUCUCUUUAUCAUCUAUUCACCCAGAAAACAUAAAGAGAAGAAUCUCGUUAGGUUAGCCAAAUCAAGAUGGUAACGCCAACUACAGUGAGAACCGUUGAUCUCCGGUCCGACACGGUGACUAAACCAACUGAGUCGAUGCGUUCAGCGAUGGCAAAGGCGGAAGUAGACGACGACGUUUUGGGAAAUGAUCCAACCGCCAUGCGUUUGGAGAAAGAAAUGGCUGAGAUCGCCGGAAAAGAGGCGGCGAUGUUUGUUCCGUCGGGAACAAUGGCGAAUCUGAUAAGCGUGUUGAUCCAUUGUGAUGAGAGAGGGAGUGAAGUGAUUCUUGGAGAUGACUGCCACAUUCACAUAUACGAAAACGGCGGUGUUUCAAGCCUCGGUGGUGUGCAUCCGAGGACGGUGAAGAACGAAGAAGACGGUACGAUGAAGAUUGGUUCUAUCGAAGCUGCCGUGAGGGGUCACAAAGGAGAUCUUCAUCAUCCCGUUACUAAGCUUAUCUGUCUUGAGAACACUCAAGCUAACCGUGGAGGUAGAUGCCUGCCUGUAGAAUAUAUAGACAAAGUCGGAGAAGUAGCCAAGAAACAUGGUUUGAAGCUUCACAUCGACGGAGCUAGGAUCUUCAACGCUUCUGUGGCACUUGGAGUUCCGGUGAAGAGGAUUGUUCAAGCAGCAGAUUCUGUCUCGAUCUGUUUGUCCAAAGGUAUAGGUGCACCGGUUGGUUCUGUGAUCGUGGGAAGCAAAAAGUUCAUCACUAAAGCAAGGUGGUUAAGGAAAACAUUAGGCGGAGGAAUGAGACAGAUCGGCGUGCUCUGCGCCGCCGCACUGGUUGCUCUCAAUGAAAACGUCCCCAAGCUCGAUGAUGACCACAAGAAAGCCAAGAUCUUGGCAGAAGGACUGAACCGGAUUGAACGUUUAAAAGUAAACGUCGCAGCAGUGGAAACCAACAUUAUAUACGUAGAUAUACCAGAGGAUCCAAAAUUUGGAGCAGAAGAUGCAUGUAAGAGUUUGAAAGAUGUCGGUGUGCUUGUCAUACCCCAAUCUACAUUCAGAAUGAGGAUUGUUCUACACCACCAAAUCUCAGACGACGACGUUGACUAUGUACUCUCUUGCUUUCAGAAAAUGUUUUAGCUCGACCGGCGCCAGAAGAGAGGGGCUUGGUUUUUCACUUUUAAGUAAUUUUAUGCUGGAUUGUGUUCAAAAAAAAAGGAAAGAAGUAAUUUUAUGUUGGACUGUGCAAGGUUGUACUGUACCUGAUCUAUUUUUUUCUUUCACAAAUGAAAAACUCUUUAGAAAUAUCCUUUACUAAAUUCAACCACCUUAA